AUGACUCCGCCAGCUGAUCCGGGACGGAGCCGGCGCGCGGCGGGGGGAGGCGGCGGCACCGGCACCGGGUACGGCUGGGGCGGCACCGGCGGGGCGGCGGCGCCGGCGCCGGGCCAAGUCGGGCCCGGCCGAGCCGCGCAGGAAGCAGCUGGCUCCCGUCCAGGUGGGACCCUGCCAGCAGUGAUGGAUGCCCGAGGUGCUGCCGUGCCACCCUGCUCCUGGCUAACCAGCACCAGUUCUUCAGUGGCAAGCUUUAUGUCCUUCUCCAGUAGCUAAAGCUGCCAGUUGAAGAACUGUUGAAUGUAGCCACUCUCUUCUCGUCACUGGGACCUUGGAUGCCAGCCAGAGCCAUGCCCUGAGCCACCAGGAUGAGCCACUCUGCAGAGCCCUGUGCAUUGGAGGGCUGAGGAUGAGCGUGACCAGGAUGAAGAAAGUCUCCGUGGAGCCUCCAGACAAAGCCUUGGCUGGAGGAUUGUAGGCAGCUGUGCCAGAAGUGUUCCAAACUGUGUCCCCCCCACCCCUCAGUGGGGUGGCACUGAGCUGGGAGGAGACUGAGAGAAGCAUUAAAGGUUGUUUUGCUCAA